UUUCAAUGCGAUAAGUUCUGUUGACGAAUCCUUCCGAUUAAGAGAGAAUACCAUCAAAAUAUUUACAAGCAAUGCGAAUUCAGUUUAUUCUGCCUCUGAUAUUGAUAAUCUUCAGCCAGGCUUCUCAGUCGCAAACCAUAUUUGAUGAAGCCAAAGGAAUCCUGGGAUUUAUUCAUGAUGUUAAGGAAAUACUUCCGUUAGUGCAAGCAGAUAUUGAAAAGUUGGAUGCAAUUGAAUUUAAUUCUACGGAGACAAUGGAAAAUUACAUUAAUGUGCUGAAACCUUUCAAGAAUGCCAGCAUUAAAGUUCUUGAGAUUGAAGACAAUCAUAUUAAACAGUCAAAGCAAUCGAUAUAUAAUGACAUUACUAACAGCCCCUUGGACUUGUAUAGAUUCGAGCUUUUGAUUCAAGAUUUGGAAACUGUUUCCGAACAUUUUACGAAAAUGGAGACAAUUGAGUCGUCUAAAAAUUCGACACUCAUAAUCUUAUUUGCUGAAAGUAUAAUUGAUAAACAUUACCUUUUACCGAAUUUAUAUAAUAGUUUCUAUUUGCAACUGCUUCGUUUAUAUAUGCCCGAUAAGGAUGAAAUGAAUGAACUGCGCCGAAGGCAUAAGAUACCAACAAAAAACAUUUGUCGUAGUCGUCAAGUCCCCCAACAGCUUGUGUACUCAGUGUAUAAGGACAUCGCACUAACCGAAUUGAAGGCAUACAUCCUGAUCGAGUACUCAUUCUUGAUUCUAAAAGUUUCGAGACAGUGUAAUUUUACUAAAUCAAUGAACAAGGUUCGCCUCAACUAUCAGAAUGUCAGCGAAAAUGCUCUCGACACACUCAAAAGUACAAUGGAAAAAGCUGAUCGCGAUAUAUGGCGUUGUGAUCCCGAAAAGCAUGUUCAUAAAGUUACCUACGAUGAGGUGACAAGACUUCUUCAGGGAUACGUUGAGAACGAAGUGGAUCUAAACAACGAUGAGUCCUGUAGUGAAACUUGCUCCGAUUAUCAGAACACAACUACAAAAGGUUGCUUCAACCAAAAGUUUUGUUCUCAGCAGCCUCAGUGCUCGGGUCAUAUUUACGACUGUCAGUUUGUCGACUCGGACUUAUCUAUUUGUCAAUCGCCUGAUAAUGACACUCGUCGAUAUGAUUAUAUUGAAUAUGAAGACGGACAGAAAUUUGGACAAGGCGAGAAUUGUUCUCGAGACGUCAAUAAUGUAGAGAGCUGGCAUAGAUGGAUUUUCACAAAGUGCAGCUACUGUUUUUGUCUUUGCGAUGAGCCGGGACCAAAGUCUGAUCGGUACUUUAGCCUUCGCGAGACUUUAUCUGAUGUGAUGGCGAACAAAGUGGUGACUGGAGUGCGAUUUGUAAAGAAGAAUCGCAUUUUCCACUUACAGAUACAGCAAGGACAACUCUUGCCUCGAGGAGCCAUCAACGAAUCAUCUGUAGAGUGGGUUCCAAUUGAUGACUUCAAAAUAACCGAUUCGGAUGUUUGUGAUGGGGUCAAUUAUCAUUCAUUGAGUCACCAGGAACGUGGUAUAGAUCUGGAUGAAAUUUUGUGUGAAGAAGAAGAAGUGGUCACUGGAUUGCGUUUUCGUGUGUUGAAUGGACGACUGAGUCUCAUAACGAUGUUUAGGGACUUUGACUUUGAAAGUGGUGAAAUAUUCGAACCGCAGAAAGUCAACUCACAUUGGUCACCAUAUGACGAUAGGCAACAAUUAAAUCUCGAUAAUCUGGAUAUACCAACACGAUCAACAAACAGUUCACAGCAAAUGUCAAAGAGUAAUCAAUAUUUAGAGUUUGUCAAUUCGGGAAUGGAGCAAGAUGCGGCACAAACAACAAUUCCGUUUAUUGACAUUCAGGAUGUGGUGUCAAAUUCUCCAGUUCCAUUGGCUGGAAUUGGUAUAUAUUAUAAAAGUAGUCCGGGAUAUGGCGGAUUUGUUGCACCCAAAAUCAUCAGCUACGAUUUCUCCCCUCAUCUUGGGAGACCAUAAUUUCCAUAAGAAUGAAUUUACUCAAGCUAUUUAAAAUUGAAUGAUGAUAAUGUUACAUAUUUGUAUGGAAACACACAUACAAAAUUAACACAAAUAUUUUUUAUAAUGUAAA